AUGAACGAAGCUUUUGAAAGGAAACACGACAGCGAAAGAAGAAUCCUUAUUGACACUGGGGAGCCAGCUACUCCUGAAUAUAUUGGCUGUUUAAAGCAGGCGCUUUCAGAGUUCAGCAUCUCAAUUCAAGAAAUUUUAGUGACACACUGGCAUCAUGAUCAUAGUGGUGGAAUACCUGAUAUCUGCAAAAACAUCCCUAAUGACUCUGAAUAUCGCAUCUGUAAGCUUCCUCGUGUCCCUCACCAUGAAGAAAUAAUAGGAGGAGGACAUAAAUAUUUUUAUCUUAAAGAGGGAGAUGUGAUACAGACAGAGGGAGCCACGCUCAGAGUUUUAUAUACGCCUGGACACACUGAUGAUCAUAUGGCUUUACAUCUAGAAGAAGAAAAUGCUCUAUUCUCUGGUGACUGUGUUUUAGGGGAAGGAACAACAGUAAUUGAAGACCUGUGUGAUUACAUGAAAACUUUGAAAAGGUUGUUACAAAUGAAACUAGAUUUAAUAUAUCCAGGUCAUGGUCCAGUAGUACGUGAUGUGAAUGCUAGAAUCCGAGGCUACAUUUCUCACCGAAUUGCACGUGAACAGCAAAUUCUAAAUGUUUUCCAGAAGAAUGCUGGAAAAUCAUAUACAUCCUUGGAGCUUGUAAAAAUAGUAUACAAGGAGAUCCCUGAAAAUUUACAUCUAGCAGCAGAAGUUAACCUCCUAGUCCACUUGAAGAAGUUGGAAAAAGAAGGAAAAGUGUUACAUGAGGGGUCUCCCAGCUUCAGAUGGAGAAACAAUUUAUAAGUUCUGCAAGAUUGCUCAAGAAUAUUUUUAAUCUGCACAGUUGCUGCAUGAAAAAAUAUAAUGAUGAGCUCAGACGAUAUGUGGAAUAAAAACUAAUUCUUCUUUCUUUUUUUUUUUUUUUUAAGUGGUAACAUGAUUUUAAAGCAAUGUUACAGUCGGUUAACUAAUGUUUUUCAUAUUCUACUUUAUGGGAAUUUUAAAAAUAACCUGAUAGGUACUGAGUUAAUAAAAUGGAAUGACUGCGAAGAAAUGAAUGUUACCUCUGUUAUAAAAUACCCAGCUUUAUCAUCAGUGGCAGAAGACAAAUAGCAAGGUCUUAUAAACUUAAUAUUACAAUAUUAUAAAGCAAUAUUAUAAACUGAAUAAAUCAGAUCUAUAAAAAAUCUCUAGUAAAAAGGCUAGAAAAGGUGUUAUUCUAAGCCUGUUUUCAUUUGCUUGUACUUUUCAAAAAGUGAUUUUCUAGUAAGUUAUCUGUACAUUUUAAAAACCAAGUUAUUUUUGUUAACAGAUAUAAAUACUGGGGUUUAUAUUCCUUUUCUAAUUUAGCUGCCAGUGUGCAUUUUUGCUGGUUGCUCACUGCAAUAGGUUUUAAUGAAUGCUGAAAGUAAUUCCAGAUUUCUCUGUUUUCUGGUGGAAACACCAUUUCUAUGGAAUUCAUCCAAAGGAUUCCUUAAUUUUAACUAAUCAAUGUCAAAAAAUGCACAGAGUUAGAGCAGACUCUUAAAUUCCUUAUCUUAUAAGAUUCUGCAAGAAUGUGAUUAAAAAGCUGUAUAAAUUGAGAUAUGUAAUACACACCACAUGAACUUAAGUUUGUCUAUCACUUUGUAACUAACAAGCUUCAAGUUUUGUUGUUAAAUCCAUUUAAACUACAAAUAUUUUAACUAAAGGUUGUAUUUGAUUGUAAGAUACUGUCUAGUGUAUAAGUACAAUGUUUGAAGAUUAAUUUAAACUGCAAGUUCAGUUCUCUGAAGCUUAAACUUUCAGAAUAGUGUCUAAAUAUUUGCAUUACUUUGUGUAUUCAGUGUGUGAAGUUUUUAUUAUUUAUGGACUUCUUUUAAUGCUGGCUCAACCUUAAAAAAAAAAAAAAAAUCAGAUAUGAGAUGUUUGAAAGUACCAAAGACAAAUAUAUGUCCUUGAAAAUCCUUGAAAACCUUUCACCAUUCAAUCCUGCACCGUCAUUUGUGAAACAUGCAUAUGUUUGGGUAUUUAAGGCAUGUCUUAAUAAUUAUUUUAUGAAGUUGAUGGCAUCUGUUCUGAUCAGCGGAGCCAAAUCCAAUACAAAAAUACUCGCAAUCCAAAACUGAAACCAUAUUCUGAAGUAGUAACCAGACCCCUGAAGAGGGGAAACAAUAACUUUCUGCUCCACAAAAUGAUGCUUUUGGCAAACUUCAUUGAUCUGGUUUUUGGCCACGUCAUUCCUCUUGCUCACUUUUAACUUUCUGUGCCGUGCCAUUUUGGGGUCUUUUCCAGGUCUCCUAGUUUUUCUUCCUUUUUAUAUUUUCUGUUUACUUGCAUUUUUCCAUUUCAGCCACUUUUUUUUUUUUCCCCUCCUCCCACAAACCAUAUUUUUUUCAAUUCCUUUUGGAUUGUUUCUCUCUUCAUAAUUACUCAGAAGCCUUCACGUGGACUUCUUGCCAUUAAUAAUAAUUGUUUUCCUGUAGCUACUUCAUGAAUUUAUAGUUACCUUUUCCAUUGUUAGGAAUAAAAAGGUAAUUAUCGCUGUUUUCUUUUUUAAAAAUGUCAUUCACAUGCUGUGAAUGAUGUCAUUUUGCUUCAGGAAAACAGAAGGAUCGGAGAAAUGAGACAAUUUUCUGUCAUGAGGUCUGAGAACCUAAGCCAGCAGGAAACUGGUAUGAAGAGGUGAUGUCUCGCUAACUUUCUGAGCUAAAGAAGAAAACUACUGGCAGGCAAAAUGUCACUGAACCAUUUUCAUGUUUUACUACACUUCAUUUUUAAAUACACAGGAAUAGCUUUAGAAUUCAGUUAAAGCAUCGUUGGGACUUGCAGGCAGCGAGGAAAGUGAGAGGAUACAAAUGGGAGAAUUCCACAUCUGCUGCUGUGCUGCAGCAAAUGCCUGACAUUCUCAAAAAAUGAGGGAAAUUGCAGUUUAACCAGACUUGUCAUUAAUGGUCGGGUAUGGUGUCUCUGCAAUAUUAAAAGGAGAGAUUGCACUGUUACUAAGAUGUAUAUACAAUAAAGGAUACUUAUAUCAGCUAUGACAUGUU